UGCCGCUAGCUUCACUCCGGAGCCGCUCAGGUGGGAAUUUGAGGGAUUUUAAGGACUUCGUGUUUAAACCGCGGCGCGUGUUCUUGUUUUCGCGCGUCUUUCGGAGGUUAAAAACCUCCUCUGUCAUGUCUCUUUUGUGCCCGCUGAUGAAUUUAAACAGAAACUGUGUGAAAGUCGGUUUUAUCUAGAAAUUUCCUCGGCUGCUUCCUUCACUUUAACACAGGAGCUCCCAAAAACCGCACCGACAUCAAGGUUUGAUGGCUCUUUGUUGCCUGUUGAUCCACGUCGUCCUCCUCGCCUGCUGCUCCGCUCACAAUGAGUUCUUCACCUCCAUCGGUCACAUGACCGACCUGCUGUUCACGGAGAGGGACCUGGUCGCCUCGCUGAAGGACUACAUCCGGGCAGAGGAGAGCAAACUGGAGCAGAUCAAAAAAUGGGCGGACAAACUGGACGUCCUCUCUGCGGCGGCCACUCAGGACCCCGAGGGUUUCCUGGGACACCCGGUGAACGCCUUCAAACUGAUGAAGAGGCUGAACACAGAGUGGGGGGAGCUGGAGAGCCUGGUGCUCACUGACACGUCUAACUUGUUCAUCUCUAACCUCACCAUCAAGAGGCAGUACUUCCCCAACGAUGACGACCAGACGGGAGCCGCCAAAGCUCUGACGAGGCUGCUGGACACCUACAAGCUGGACACCAACAUCAUCUCGACCGGACAGCUGCCAGGCUCGUCCUCAAACGCCUUACACCGGAGCACCCUGACUGUGGAGGACUGUUACGACCUCGGGAAGGUGGCGUACUCGGAGGUGGACUACUACCACACCGAGCUGUGGAUGGCUCAGGCCCUGAAGCAGCUGGAGGAGGGAGAGGCGUCCCGCACCGUGGACGCCGUCACCAUCCUGGACUACCUGAGCUACUCUGUGUACCAGCAGGGGGAGCUGAAGAGAGCGCUGGACUUCACCCGCAGGCUGCUGAAGCUCGACCCGACACACCAGCGAGCCAACGGGAACCUGAAGUACUUUGAGUAUCAGCUGGCCAAACAGAAGAAGAUGGAGGGCAGCGACGAGGACAGCGAGAUGAGGCAGAGGAGGGAGACCCGCGGGCGACCCGCCGAUUACCUGCCAGAGAGAAAGACGUACGAACAGCUGUGUCGCGGCGAGGGCGUCGGGAUGACUCCACGCAGGCAGAGCCGCCUCUUCUGCCGUUACUAUGACAACAACCGCCACCCAAAGUACGUGAUCGGUCCAGUGAAGCAGGAGGACGAGUGGGACCGGCCCCGCAUCGUCCGAUACCAUGACAUCGUUUCGGACAUGGAGAUCGAGAAGGUGAAAGAGCUGGCCAAACCCAGGCUCAGACGUGCCACGGUGCAUGACCCUCAGACAGGCACACUGACCACGGCCCAUUACAGAGUCUCCAAGAGCGCCUGGCUCGGAGCGUUUGAGCAUCCGGUGGUGGACCGGAUCAACCGCAGGAUCGAGGACCUCACCGGCCUGGACGUCACCACCGCAGAGGAGCUGCAGGUGGCUAACUACGGUGUCGGAGGACAGUACGAGCCUCACUAUGACUUUGGACGAAAAGAUGAAGUUGAUGCUUUUGAAGAAUUGGGGACAGGAAACAGAAUCGCCACCUGGCUGCUAUACAUGAGUGAUGUUCAGGCAGGGGGCGCCACAGUCUUCACUGAAGUAGGAGCCACCAUCUGGCCCAAAAAGGGGACGGCAGUGUUCUGGUACAAUCUGCACCCCAGUGGAGACGGAGACUAUGGGACCCGACACGCUGCCUGUCCCGUUCUGGUCGGCAACAAGUGGGUGUCCAAUAAAUGGAUCCAUGAACGAGGACAGGAGUUCAGGAGGCGCUGCAGCCUGCAGGAGACCGACUGACAGCCGGCCUCCUCCUCCUCCUCC